GAGGUAUGGCCGCUCGAUUAACAGUUCGUCGCGAAUGACAACUACGCAAGACGGUAAUCAAAUACGUGGAAAUCCGAGAUUGUCUGCGCUUUACAUUCUUAAUUAUGGCAAAUAUGAAGAACAUGUGACGUCGCGCGGAUCAUCGCAAUUAGCACCGCGGAUCUGCGUAAUUUACGCGCCCUAACAUGUUGAGAUUUACUACGUAAAGACAAGUGAUACGGAAGUGUUCAAGCACAUCUGAGCCUAUAUAUAUAUGUGAAAAUGAAUCGAUAUAUAACUUUGAACCAACUGGGCGAUGGAACUUUUGGUUCCGUCGUUCUCGGAGAGCGCAUUGAUACGGGCGAAAAAGUUGCCAUAAAGAGAAUGAAGAGAAAAUAUUAUUCCUGGGAAGAAGCUAUGAAUCUGAGAGAAGUAAAGUCGUUAAAAAAGCUCAGUCACGCGAAUGUUGUAAAACUUAAAGAAGUCAUACGAGAAAAUGACGUGCUAUAUUUCGUAUUUGAAUAUAUGAAAGAAAAUCUCUAUCAACUGAUGAAAGACAGAGACAAACUUUUUCCCGAACCGGUAAUAAGGAACAUGGUGUAUCAAGUAUUACAAGGUCUUGCUUUUAUGCAUAAACACGGUUUCUUUCAUCGCGAUAUGAAGCCAGAAAACUUAUUGUGUAUGGGGCCUGAAUUAGUCAAGAUUGCUGAUUUCGGACUAGCGAGAGAAAUUCGAUCGAGGCCACCGUACACGGACUAUGUAUCAACGAGAUGGUACCGAGCACCGGAAGUAUUGCUACAUUCUACAACUUACAACAGUCCAAUUGACAUUUGGGCGGUCGGUUGUAUAAUGGCCGAGUUGUACACGUUUAGACCUCUGUUUCCCGGAAAGAGCGAGAUCGACGAAAUAUUCAAGAUAUGUUCCGUAAUUGGAACACCUGAUAAAGAAGAUUGGCCGGAAGGGUAUCAGUUAGCUGCGGCUAUGAAUUUUAAAUUUCCGAAUUUUACGCGCACAUCGCUGACCGUUUUGAUACCAAACGCCAGUCAAGAAGCGGUCAUAAUUAUGGAGGACAUGUUACAAUGGAAUCCCAUAAAGAGGCCAACGGCUCAACAAUCGCUCAAAUAUCCGUAUUUUCAAGUCGGCGAUCCGCGUAUUGUUAAUAAUAAAAAAAUUGGCGUUACAUCUCAACGAGAACUCGUCAUGAACAAAAUAAAUCUUCCUCCACCUGCGCCCAAACAGUAUAGUUACUCUCAGGAAGAUUUCAACAGUCUCGUUCAAUCGAGAGCAACCGAGAAGAUAAUGGUUGAGUCCCGACAGCAGUCGCCGGCUUUGCCGUUAUUGAAUCAUAACGAUCACAAGCAUGAGAGCAACGCUUCUAAAUGGGAGGAAGACGAUUUUACCGAUCUUUUGGGAAGCAAAAUCGUCGCGGAAAACUCCAGUGCAACACUCGUUCCCGAUCGAAUAUACAAGGAGAAUCGUGCCAAUUGGAACGCCAAUUAUCAGCAGUCCGACAACUUGAAGCACAGCGGUGUAAAUUGGUCUCUACCAGCGUGGCAGGAACCGCCGUCGAGGAUGUGGUGUGAUCAGUCGAACCAAUCUAUUCAGAUGAAAAACUUGCGCAAAGUCUCAGCGAAACAGCAUUAUCUCAGUGUGGCUCGGUACGUCGCAGGCCAGAGCACAGAUUUGCCAUCCAGAAACGGGGAUUCCGAUAUCAACCGAUCGAAAUUGCUAUUGAACGGGUUCAUCGGUCAGGCAACGUCCAACAAAUAUGAAGGCUUUACAGAGUCUUUCUGGGGAUCUAGGAAUAGUAUUGAGAAUCAAACAAGACAGCAUUAUCUCGCGCGAAAUCGUUAUAUCGCCGAGCAAAGUUUGAGAUUACCUUAUCCUAGCGUGUACGGUACUCAAAGUAUAAAGUCCACCAAUAAGCCCAUCUUUCAACCGAACUUAUUUGGAAAUGUUUUUAAUACGAAAGCCAGCGGCGGACCACACGGCCGAACAGACUGGGCAGCAAAAUAUCUUAAAUGACCGUUAUAGAAAGUUUUUGUUUUUUCCAUCAAUAAUCUGUCAUCAUUUUCUUAGACAACUCUUAAUCUGUGAUAGAACGAUCCUUGUCGUUCCAUUGUUGAGACGUAAAUAGAAAGACAACACGUCUCCUUCCCACGUUACGAUUUUACGGAAGCAAAAUCGCAUGAUUAUAUGGAGGCAUGACAUUUUAAGAUAGAGAGUAGGAUCAAGUGCGGUAUUAUUGGAUCUGAUAGCAUUUUCAUAUAACUGAAGUUUCAGAAACUUCUGAUUAUGUACAUUACUGUAAGUCGUCUAUGUUAUAGUUGACUAUAUACGAGAGGGGACAUUUAAUUUUUUUUGAAGAAGUGGAAUGAGUGGCGAGACGCGAGGAUAUAUAUAUAUAGUUCUGUAAAAGAUAUACAUUAUGUGUAUAUAUAUAUACGUUGUAGGUUCUUUGUAAAUUUAGUAUUUUUAUAAAAAAAUGUUUUUGUUUUUAUAAAAAUGACUGAAUUUUUAAAGAACUGCUAGCAUAUAUGCAACACGCGCGCAUGUUUUAUCACAUGAUUAUUUUCUCUCUAUACUUAUAUAUAUAUAUAUAUAUAUUUUUUGUUUUGUACAUAUUAAUUAAUUAUAUUCGAUGUGCAAAUGGCAUGAUUUACAUGACGGCUGACAUCACACACAUCGUUGCGUUUCGGCGGUAAUUAGAUUUCCGAAUCGUGGAAGCAUCCAUCGCAAAAAUGUCAAUUGUGUAAAGUAUGUUAAUCUGUAUAAUUCAAUUAGUAUAUAUUAUAUAUAUAUAAUCAAUGUCAGAUCGCCAGAUCAUGCCAUAUCCACGUCAGAUACAACAACAAAAAGCAUUUAAAUGAAAAAAUAUAACAUACAAUAAAUAACACACGCAUUUCCUUAUUGCGCGUCAUAUACGUAUUUUUUUAUGUACUUCUGCCGCUAUCUAUAAGAGAGAUCAUAAUUUAUUCUCUCUCUCACAAGAAAAAGAUGAUUAAGUUUUUAUAUUAAUUCGACUUUAUAUACAAAUCGACUGCGCUAUGCAACGCAAAACAAGAGAAUGUCAAAGGUAAGUAAGAACAAAUUAUUUAAAUUAUUUCUUUCUGAGACGGGAUAGAUUGUAAAACGCUUUUUUUCACCUUUGAAUUGUACCAAUGAAAAGAAUACAUCAAGCGCGUAUAUGUGUGUGUACGUGUGAUUAUCUCGAGAUACAGUUUUUAUAUAAGUACACUAUUUUUAAUAAAUUUACACAUACACACACACAAGAGAUUGAUACAUUGAAUACGAAUAGUAAUGCAUAUUGAUUGUUAUAGAUUGAUGUUAGAGAUAAGGUUUUUUUUUUUAAGUGCGAGUGAGUAUGUGAUUUUUAUGAUGAGAAUACAUUUUUUUUCUUCUGGUUACGUGUGUUAAAGAUUACAAUUACAACGUAGCGCUAGAAAUAGCUUCAAAGCAUUAUUCUAUUUUUAAUUCUCAUUAAAUACACAUAUGAAGAACAAAAAAAAAAUAAUGCUUUGGAUCUUUUGAA